AGGAGAGUAAAUACAACAGGAGCGCAAAAUGGCGGAGCCGCUGAACCCAACGCACGGCGCAGCAGCCGCCGCCACCGUCCCAGAGAAAGAGCCGUUUGGCAAGCUGCAGACCGCCUCCCGGGACCCACCAGGUCCUCUGUCCGCCAAGAAAGUCCGGACUGAGGAGAAGAAAGCGCCACGGAGACUGAACGGAGAAGGGAGCAGCGGCGGGAACAGCAGGCAGCUGCAGCCUCCGGCUGCACCUUCGCCUCAGAGCUAUGGCAGCCCCACGUCCUGGACCUUCGCCGCUCUGUCUCCUGCCCCCUCCCCGUCCUCUGCUCGGAGCAGUUUCUCUUUCUCUGCUGGCACGGCCGUCCCAUCCUCAGCCUCUGUUUCCUCGUCUCAGCCGGUGCCGCGCAAACUGCUGGUCCCUCCUACGCUGUUGCACGCUCAGCCUCACCCUCUCUUGCCGGCCGCCGCCUCCUCGGCCAACGCCAAGCCUCGCAGACCCAAGGAGAAGCGAGAGAAGGAAAGGAGGAGGCACGGCCUCGGCGGGGCGAGCGAGGCCGCCCGUGAGGAAAACGGGGAGAUGAAGCUGCUGCCGAGAGAUAAAAUCAAAGACAAAAUUAAAGAGAGAGAUAAAGAAAAAGAGAGAGAAAAAAAGAAGCAUAAAGCGAUGAAUGAGAUCAAAAAAGAAAAUGGAGAAGUAAAGAUUUUGCUGAAAAGUGGGAAGGAGAAACCAAAAACAAAUGUAGAAGACUUACAAAUUAAAAAGGUAAAGAAGAAAAAGAAAAAGAAACACAAAGAGAAUGAAAAACGGAAGCGUCCAAAAAUGUAUAGCAAAUCUAUUCAAACCAUCUGCUCAGGAUUGCUAUCUGACUUUGAAGAUCAAGAACCUAAAGGCAUCCUAAGUGAUAACAUAAAGGAUUACAGUGGAAAGAAUUUGGAUACCAAGAACUAUGAUUCCAAAAUUCCAGAGAACAGUGAGUUUCCAUUUGUCUCACUAAAGGAGCCACGGGUUCAGAAUAACCUCAAAAGGUUGGACACUUUGGAGUUCAGACAGCUCAUUCAUAUUGAGCAUCAGCCUAAUGGAGGUGCGUCAGUUAUCCAUGCCUACAGUAAUGAACUAACCCAUCUGUCUCCUGUGGAGAUGGAGAGGUUUGCAGAAGAGUUUGUGGGUCUAGUAUUCAGUGAAAAUGAAAACUCUGCAGCUUUCUAUGUAAUGGGUAUUGUUCAUGGGGCAGCUGCUUAUUUACCUGACUUUUUAGACUACUUUUCAUUUAAUUUUCCCAAUUCACCAGUGAAAAUGGAGAUUUUGGGAAAGAAGGAUAUAGAGACAACGACUAUGUCCAAUUUUCAUGCUCAGGUAAAAAGAACGUAUUCUCACGGUACUUAUAGAGCUGGCCCAAUGCGACAAAUCAGUUUGGUGGGAGCAGUUGAUGAAGAAGUGGGAGAUUACUUCCCUGAGUUCCUUGACAUGUUGGAAGAUUCACCAUUUUUAAAGUGUACACUGCCAUGGGGGACACUAUCUAGUCUAAAAUUAGAGAGUCGAAAAGACAGUGAUGAUGGUCCCAUCAUGUGGGUACGCCCAGGAGAACAAAUGAUCCCUGUGGCUGAUAUGCCAAAGUCACCUUUCAAAAGGAAAAGAACUACCAAUGAAAUAAAAAACCUGCAAUACCUACCUCGAACUAGUGAACCCCGUGAGAUGCUCUUUGAAGACAGGACAAGAGCUCAUGCAGAUCAUAUAGGACAAGGUUUUGAACGACAGACUACAGCCGCUGUUGGAGUGUUGAAGGCUGUGCACUGUGGAGAGUGGCUUAAUCAACCCCGAAUAACCAAAGAUGUUAUUUGUUUUCAUGCUGAAGAUUUCUUAGAAGUAGUUCAACGAAUGCAGUUAGAUUUACAUGAACCUCCACUAUCCCAGUGUGUCCAGUGGGUCGAUGAUGCAAAACUUAAUCAAUUGAGGAGGGAAGGCAUUCGCUAUGCCAGGAUUCAGCUAUAUGAUAAUGACAUUUAUUUUAUCCCAAGGAAUGUUGUUCAUCAGUUUAAGACAGUUUCAGCUGUAUGCAGUUUAGCAUGGCAUGUUCGGCUCAAGUUAUAUCACUCAGAGGAAGACACUGCUCAGAAUACAGCCACUCAUGAAACAGGCACAUCACCAGAUUCCACAUCAUCAAUUCUUGGAUCUCACACUGACAAUAUGAUUUGUGCUGUAAGCAAAACCUCUUUGGAGUCUAUUUUUUCAGAUAAACUUCAUUCUAAAUAUGAAAUACAGCAGAUUAAACAUGAACCUGUUGCAUCUGUAAGAAUCAAUGAAGAAUCUGUGAAUGUUUUUGUUUCUGAAAAGACUAGAGCACCGAAUAAUAUGGAUGGCAAGAAUAUUAAAGCAAAAUUGGAUCAUGUUCAAUUUACAGAAUUUAAGAUUGGUGUGGACUCCAAAUUUGAAAAUAGCAGCAAAGAUUUAAAGGAGGAAUUGUGCCCUGGAAGUCUCUUAAGUCUAGUUGAUACAAGGCAACAUAGUUCAGCACAUUCAAAUCAAGAUAGAAAAGAUGAUGCUAAAUAUGUACAUACCAUUUAAAAUCCUUUAAAAAAAACUUAAUAAUGUAAUAAAAUUCAUGAAUUAUGAAAGCAAGCCAAGGACUUGCUCCCAAGUCUGUUACAAAAUAUAGUUUAUGUAGCUUUGUAACAUUCCUCAGUGCCUGUCCAUAACUGUGAAGUAUCAAAGCACUUAGGGCCAGAUGCACUGUAAACAUUGCAGGUUUAAAGAAAUGGAGUCUUUAAAAAGUUAUUUGAGUUGGAGUUGUAGGUUUUAGGAUAGAGCUGACAUUAACAUAUAUAUAUAUAUAUAUAUAUACACACAUAUAUACAUACAUAUGUAUAUGUAUAUAUGUAUAUACAUACAUAUAUACAUAUGCAUAUAUAUAUGUGUGUGUAUAUAUAUAUAUUUUGUAAUAUGACCCAGAAUUCUUUUUGGACAAUUUAAGGCUUUUCCAUGGAGCUUAUUUAUACCAAUUUUUUUUUUUUCCAUUUUAAAUGUGUCAGCACUGUAGUGUAAAUAGCUUUAAAAAUUUUUUUAGUGUGAUUUAUACUGAAAUGUGAGCCACUUAAUAAAGGUUCAUAAUAAAUAAGUUUUUUGUCGGGUAUGCAAAAAGAAAAGUGAAAAUUCAGUUAAAUCAUAUAUUUGAUCUCAUGUGUCUGCUGGUGUAUCCAUUUAGAGUGGUAAAGGAGUGCAAAUGUAUAUAUUCAAAUCUAGUGAAUAUUUAAAUUCCCCACAUUGUGCAAGCAUUUUUAAAACUAAGAUUCAGUUAUGAAAGCAUAUUUAUAUAUGUGUGUGUGUGUAUGGGAAUAUAUAUGUAUAUCUUAUUUUACACAACUCCUUGAAUUGCUGAAUAAGAUGAAUAUGUGAAACUUCCUAGCCCUACUCCCUGCCAUACAUUUUAAAAUAUUUAUAAUCAACAUUAAAAAGUCAGUUUAGGUAAUAGAAAGAAUUUUGUAAAGUUGGGCAAAAAAAGGUCUCUUAGUUAUUUAACCCUUCUAAUUAAUGAAGUUCUGUGGACAGAAUACAUAGCCCCUAACAUAAAUUUUCUUUAUAGUGUAUGGAAUGAUAUGAAGUUGAGAAAAUUUUCUUAUUAAUAGGCACAUUUGUUAUACUUAAUAGUAGCUGAGUACAAAAUAUUUACAGAAAAUUUAACUGUGAGGAGUUAAAAUCCUUAUACAUUUUCUUGUACAUUUUUCUUGCACAACAGGAAGAAAAUACGACAAAUAUAAAAUCUUAAAAUAAGGGCAGUAACUCAUACAGAAAUGUAGCUAUCAAAAUAAGAUGUGUUUAUCUUUUCUUUCUAAGGAUCCCUCUCUGCCUACCAUAGCAAGGUAAAUGCACAUAAGGAGUACAGCUGAUCCUUCAACGAUGUGGGUUUGAAUUGCACAUGUCAAUUGAAAAAAUCUGUGUGUAAGCAGACCCACACAGUUCUCUUGUUCAAGGAUCAACUGUACUUCUUUUUCAAAAGAAGCUCUACAAAGUAAAAUUAGGGUAGAAAACAGGAUUGCCAGUGCUUAGCUAAAGAAAAACAAAUGUCUUCAAUGAUGGACUUUUUCAGCACUAUUUUAGUUGCUUCCACUACUGUAAUGAAUAAGUCAAACAAAUGUCUUUAAUGUAUUCUUUGAUAUAAGGAAUUCUGCUCAUUACAAAUCUUUUUAAUUUCUUUGUUAUUUUUCUGGGCUUAUACUUUGGUUGAUGACUUUCAACUGGGGUUCUUUGUGCUGCCAUUUGGACUAGACUUGCUAUUCUAUUUCAGUAGUUUCUGCUCUAGCUUCUUUUGUGGACCCAUAAAACACUUUAUCUUUCUGGUUAGGAAGAAGCCACUUAGAGGCAUUUCAUCAGAAGAAAUAAACUGUAGCAAUGAUGUCCUUUCUGUCCCCCAGUUUAAAAAGGGUAGGCACAUAUUAUUGGAAAUCUCAGUGGUUUGUAGGAAGUCAAUAUAUUUGCAUAGGAAUUUUUAUGGAAUAAGGAAGGUAUAAAUCAUAAUAUAAAUAGAGACACUUUUAUAUCUUACUGUCUUACCCUACUCCUCACUUUAAUCUCUUUAAAGCUAAAUUUAUGUAUUUGCACCUACCAUUUCAGGAGACAAAAGUUUGUAACAAACCAAUAUUGAGAAAUAGGAGUUUUCCUGGUUUUCUUCUUUUAAUUGUAGGGUAGUAUAACAAGAUUUGUCUUAAGUUCUAAUUUUCCAGUAGCAUACACAUAGAUACAUAAGAUCAUACUGCAAUAAAAUAUAUUUAGAGUAUCCCCCCAAAAUAUAUGAGCCUUAAACUUUUAAAGAUAUAUCUAACACAACAAUAGCAGAUAGUUUUAUUGUUUCCUGUAUAGCCUAGAGUCAAACUUCUCCAUCUUUUGGAAAUUUGUUUUGUAAAAUGUUUACAUCCUUCUGGAUGUGAAAUACAAAUCAGUGAGCUCAGAUUUCAAGAUAAAGCCUUGUCACCUUGGAUAAUGCUUAAUGUUCCUCAUUUUACGGGUUAUAAUUUCAAAAUCCUCUUCAGAUGCAGUCUGAAAACUUUUUGAUUACCUUUUUACACACAAAUAAUUUGUUUCAAUAUUGCAUUAUAUUGAUGGUUUCCUAGGUAGUACAUUCCAGUUCCUCAUCUGAACACACUUUUUUUUUUGCUGUUAUUUCCAAUUUCUUGGGCCAGAACAAUCAAGCACUUAAAAUAUACAGUUUCUAUAUGAUCUUAUACUAUAUAGAAUAAAGAGUUCUUACAUAAUUAAUUGAUACACAGACCUUUAAAAAAAAUAAAGUACCUCUUUGGUGUCUAUGAUAGUACUUUUUGUUUAAUUGCUUUUGUUCAUGCCCUUUAUCUAAGUGAUACAUAUUCCAUACUCAGGUUAGCUAGUUAGGUAGCAAAAUAAUUAAACAUUCAUGAUAGUUGAAAACUUUAUAAAAGCCAUAUUCAUUACCUUCCUUGUCACUAAGGCAGUUGACCUUCAAUAAAGAUUAGGUUAAUCUAGCACAACAUUCUGUCUGUGUGUGCAUGUGUGUAAGAUUAUUGGAAAUAAUGCUUCCACAUCUAUUUUUAAUCUAUUCUAUAACUUUGGGGGGAUGGUCUUGGAAGGUAGGAAAGAUUUUAUGUCUUGGGUUAAGCCUUCAAGGUAUUUCAUUAGUAUUCCUGAGUGUAAAACAGUUUUUUUUUCCUUAAACAGAUAUGGCAGGUAAGAUAAUUUUUGUAAAUAGUAGAUUAGCACUAUUUUGAUAAGUGGCAUUCAGUUAUUUUUUUGGACAAGUUCAUUGUCAUGUAAAGCAAGUAUCUUAAAAUUCAUUUUACAUUUAGCAAAGGUGCAAGAUUUGUUUUGGAAUUUGAGAGGAAUAUUUUCUAUGUCUUCCACCUUUCAAUAAAUACUAAAAUUGGUAACCAUAAUCUUUUUCCCUUUGUUUUGUAAUUAAUUUUUUACAUUUGACAUUUUCAUCUCAUCUUUAAAAGUUCUUGUUUUUCUGCCUUCAACAGAAGCCAUAAGGUUCUGGAAGUGAUUCCAAUAUGAAAGUCUGUAUGUCCUCUGAACUGAUUAUCAAAAGUUGACUUAUGCCAACAGAAAAUAUUGAGGGUAUUACUUUAAACAAAUUUGUUAAACUAAUUAGGUAUGGGUGCUGGGAUGUCAUGGUAAAUAACCUCCCUUCCUUCUAGACAUGACUAUUUAAAGCUCAGGAGGGGAGGACAAAAGUCCCAUUGUUUUGAAGAUAUUUUUAAGCUGGUAAAAGUGACAGGAAGGAUUUUAGGUCUUUAAGAGUAGCUUUUACUUAAUCUUUCUUCCAUCUGAUAUAAUUAGUCGUACCUCAGUACCCAUGGGCUUCAGAACUUGUCAAACUGUGUACUUGUCACAGUUUUUUAAAAAAGAUUUUAUUUUCAGAGAGGAAGGGAGUGAGACAAAGAGGGGGAGAAACAUCAAUGUGUGGUUGCCUCUC